AUGGAUUCAAGUAGCCCAUUGUUGGUCCUCUCCUCUCAGUUCAUAUGGCCUAAAGAGGAUUUAGUGGACGCAUAUUAUGAGAAGCUCAGUGAGCCACACGUCGACCUUCACGGCUUCCUCAAGGGCGAUCAAAAGGCCACCAUCGAAGCUUCCCACAUCGUAAGGACAGCCUGCAUGAAACAUGGGUUCUUCCAAGUGAUCAACCAUGGCGUGGAUCAAAGCCUGUUGGCCACCGCCCUUGACAAAAUGGGCCCUCUUUUUAACCUCCCUUUCAACCUUAAAACCACGGCCUCUACCAAAAUGUGGGGCUUUUCCACUGCCCAUUCUAAUCGCUUUUCCUCAAAGCUGCCUUGGAAGGAAACUUUCUCCUUUGGGUUUGACCAUUGCAAAAGCUCCAAUAAUGAACCCCUUGUGGUGGAUUUCUUCUCUUCCAUGCUAGGCCAUGAAUUUCAAGAAAUAGGGGCUUUAUAUGAGAAGUAUUGCGAGGCCAUGAGGGACUUGGGGCUUGCAUUAACGGAGCUUUUGGGCAUAAGUUUGGGCGUGGAGAGGUCACAUUUUCGCAAGUUUUUUGAGGAUGGAAGCUCCAUAAUGCGAUUGAAUAGCUACCCAAUAUGCGAACAAGGCAGCGUGGCCCUUGGCACAGGGCCUCAUUGUGAUCCAACAGGCUUGACCAUCCUCCACCAGGACCAGGUCGGUGGCCUUGAAGUCUUCGCUGACAACAAAUGGCACACCGUUCCACCAUCUCAAAAUGCACUCGUUAUUAACGUUGGUGACAUCUUCAUGGCACUUUGUAAUGGGGAAUACAAAAGCUGCGUGCACCGGGCGUUGGUGAACAAACACAAGGAGAGGAGGUCGUUGGCAUUUUUCCUUUGUCCGAGGAAAGACAAGGUGGUGAGGCCGCCGGAGAAACUUGUUGUCGGCGGUGGGUCGAGGAAGUAUCCGGAUUUUGCCUGGUCGGAGCUGCUUGAAUUCACUCAGAAAUAUUACAGAGCCGAUGCUGUAACUCUUCAGAACUUUACCAAAUGGGUCGUGUCGGCGAGGCCAUGUGAGUGA